AUGGAUUUCCCCAUAAUACGGCGGGAACGAGCGCCCAUAGACGCCUCCAAUUUCAUCAAUGGCAUACUGGGAAACGGCGUGACCGACAGAAGACCCCACCAAACAGAGAAAAGCAUACCUGGUGGUGGAAACUGGGUGGUGCAAAAGUUCGGCGGUACGAGUGUGGGCAAGUUUCCUGUCAAGAUUGCGGAAGACAUUGUGCAGGCAGGCCUUGAGCCAGGCACGCGAAUUGCCGUCGUCUGCUCCGCUCGCACAUCGACCUCGAAGAACGAAGGCACGACCUCUCGACUGGUCCGUUGCAGUAUUGACGCGCUGGAUCAGACGUCUGGCAAAUAUAGAGAGAUUGUGGAAGCGAUCCGACUCGACCACUUGCAAGCCGGUAAGGAUUCGUGUGGAGUAUGGGGCAGCAGCAGCAGUAUGCUGGACGAGUACAGCCAUAUGGUGAACGCGGAGUGCAAAAAGCUGCUGAGAAUCUUGGAGAGCGCUCAAUACCUGCGGGCUGUGACAAACCAGACGGAGGACAUGGUCAUUUCUUUUGGUGAGAAGCUCAGUUGUCUKUACAUGACAGCAGUGCUGCAGAGUCGAGGAGUGCAGGCGGCAUAUGUCGAUCUAAGCGACUUGAUCCAAUUUGACGUGGGAGGAGCACUGGACGAGCAGUUCUACCUCAACAUUGGCCUGGCCAUUGCAGCUCGAAUCGAAGCUCUGGGACCUGACGUGGUUCCAGUGAUUACUGGCUACUUUGGAUCGGUUCCAGGAGGUCUGCUAAAGGAAAUCGGACGUGGGUACACGGAUCUAUGUGCUGCACUGACAGCAGUUGGUCUGAAGGCACGCGAAUUGCAAAUCUGGAAAGAGGUCGACGGAAUUUUCACCGCCGAUCCACGCAAGUGCCCGACGGCACGACUUCUGGACUCGGUCACGCCGAGUGAAGCCGCUGAGCUUACAUUUUACGGCUCUGAAGUGAUUCAUCCAUUCACCAUGGACCAAGUGAUCAAGGCCAGCAUCCCCAUUCGUAUCAAGAAUGUCAUGAACCCUCGGAAUAAAGGCACCGUUGUUCUUCCAGAGCCAGAAGAGAAGGUGAAAAUCCGUGGUCCAGGUCUUUUCCGUGGUCGCUCCAGCUCCAACUUGCUGGGGCAGAACAAAGCGAAACGACCCACAGCCGUGACAACGAAGCGCGGAAUUACAGUGCUUAAUGUGCACUCCAAGCGCCGCACGCGCUCUCACGGCUUCCUCAUGUCCAUCUUCAGUAUCCUCGACAAGCACCAUUUAUCCGUCGAUCUCAUCUCCUCAUCCGAGGUGCACGUCAGCAUGGCGCUGCAUAGCGAAAUCAGCAUGCUUUCUGGGAAUGGAGAGGAGGAGUUAAAGAUCGAAUCCGCCGCACUGCAGGGUGCUGUGAACGAUCUCAGUGUGUGGGGUGACGUUGACCUGGUGCCAGGAAUGGCCAUCAUUUCCCUCGUCGGAAGAGAGUUGCGGACGAUGGUCGGAGUAAGUGGACGAUUCUUCAGCACGUUGGGCGAACAUGGAAUCAACAUCGAGAUGAUCUCACAAGGAGCCAGCGAGAUCAAUAUCAGUUGUGUGAUUGAGGAGGCGAAUGCUGACAGAGCUUUGAACGUGGWUCACACGAACCUCUUUACCUUUCUAGAUUAG